GUCUAUCCUCUGCAGCAUAGCGUUUGUCAAUUUAUCAGUUUAACGACCAUAAACGAUCCUAUACCAUGUCAUUUAAGAAAGAUGAAGACGGAUUCGUAACAGGCCCAGCAGCCAACCAAGGCUCAGCAUUCGCCUUCCGACCAGCGAACGCUGCUCCCACUCAAUCCUCACUUGCAAGCCGCGUUGGGCAGUUCUCCCAACCCCAAGCGCAAGGGCUUGGCGCCUCUUCACCUACCGCUACUUCCCCCACCGCUGGCUCCGGAGCACAGGGGCUGUCUGUGUUCGGCGCUGCAGCCCGGGGCUCGGGAGCUCCUGCACCCAUGUUUGGAGGGGCGGGUGUUCCCCAGCAGGGAGUUCCCAAGGCGGGAGGAGCGCAAAGGCCACCUCAACAAGGGCUGGAGGGGAGGAACCAGCCUGUACCUGGGAGAGGGGAUGCCGAGGACCGGAAUAAUCUUGUGUCCACAUUGCAGGACUAUGAGGUCCAGGUCACCCUUGCCGACCAGCAGGCGGACCCGAACAGUCCACUGUAUAGUAUCAAGCGUUUCCAGGAUCUUGGCCUGGCGCCAGAGCUACUACAAGGUCUGACGAUGAUGAACUUCUUCAAGCCGUCCAAGGUGCAGGAGAGGGCACUGCCGCUCCUGCUCCAGAACCCGCCACGCAACCUCAUCGGCCAGUCCCAGUCCGGCACAGGCAAGACAGCCGCCUUCACGCUUACCAUGCUGAGCCGCGUUGACUUCGCUGUCGACGCCACCCAAGCGAUCUGUAUGGCGCCCACCCGAGAGCUGGCACGUCAAAUCCUCGACGUCGUAGUUACCAUGGGCAAAUUCACGCCCGUCACGACCUUCUGCGCUGUUCCUGAGAUGGGCGCCGAUGGGAAAAUGCACGCGCCUAGUGCGCCCACCAAAGCCCAGAUCGUCGUCGGCACACCGGGGACGGUGGCGAAUAUGGUCAAGUAUAAGAAGAUCGACGUGUCACAAGUUCAGGUAUUCGUGCUAGAUGAGGCGGAUAAUAUGCUUGAUGCGGGCGCGUUGAACGAUCAAUGUCUGGAGGUUAAGAACCGGUUACCAAAGGAAAACGGCAAGACAAAGGCGCAAAUCGUACUCUUCUCCGCUACCUUCCCCGACGAAGUACGCAUGUACGCGGACAAGAUCGCACCCGAAGCGAACAAGAUCGAACUCAAGAAGGAAGAGCUGUCUGUCGCAAACAUCGCCCAGUUCUACAUGGACUGCAAGGAUGCUGAAUCGAGGAAUGAUAUUCUGGCCGAGCUGUAUGGGAUCUUGACGGUGGGACAGAGCAUCGUUUUCUGUGAUACUCGCGCUGUUGCGGACAGCAUCGCCGACCGUAUGCGGGACGACUACCACAAGGUUGCAGCUCUACACGGUGCCAAGGAUGCAGCAGCGCGUGAUGCGCUAAUCGACAGCUUCCGGGACGGCAAAACCAAAGUCCUCAUCACCACCAACGUGAUGGCGCGCGGGAUCGACAUUCCCCAGGUAAACAUGAUCGUCAACUAUGACAUGCCCAAGGACGCAUCUGGCCGGCCGGAUGCAGAGACGUACCUGCACAGGAUUGGUCGUACGGGUCGGUUUGGUGCCAAGGGAGUGGCGAUCAACUUCGUGCAUGACUUGAAGAGCUGGAACGAGAUGCGCCAGAUUGAGCGUGUGCUGAACCGGCCGAUCAUCCGUGUGGAGACGGAUGACAUUGAUCUUAUGGAGAAGACCUUUAACGAUGUGCUGAAGAAAAAGGUUGAGGUGCAGAGCACGGGAGUCAACCGGGAGGUUUCGUCUCAUGCCAAGUAAGAGUCGAGUUGAAGAUCGCUAGAUGUACACCACGAGAUAUGGAAAUCAACAUGAAAUGCCGUGUAAC